CGAUCGACUUACAGAAUCACCGUGAGGCAGCAGCCAGUAGCGGCCAGAUCUUGCGGUUUCGGGGAGAGGGACCGCAGAGUCAUUGACCCGCCGCCAAUAGUCCAGGUCACUAUCGAUGAUCCACAGGCGACAAAGGAGGAGAUCGCCAAUCAACUCCGGCUGCCAACCGCCGUCAUGCAUUGCACAAUCUGGAAUGAAGCUGGCGAUAAGGAUUGUUCGUCUAUGCCGGAAGAUUAUCGGUCACAGCGGAGACUCAUGGGCAACACGGUGUCCUCACCUUUCGUUGGCUUCGAUGAAAACAACGACGAAGGUUGCUUCUUCUGCUUCCCCGAUCUUUCGUGCCGCACCGCGGGCGUCUUCAGGCUCAAGUUUUCCAUCGUCAUCUUGGAUCCUCUGAAUAUGGGCACAUCGGGUACUAAGACCCCGAUCUCUGCCGUGGUCAUGAGUGAACCCUUCACAGUCUACAACGCCAAAGACUUUCCGGGCAUGCAGGCCAGCACUGCCCUCACCAAGCGAUUGAAGGAACAAGGCUGCCUCAUUUCGAUCAAGAAAGGGAACGACCGGACCGGAUCAAGACAUGCCAGAGACAACAGCAGUGAGGAUGAAGAUGAU